GCUCACCUUGGUUUCUUGUGCUUCUGCAUUUGAAGGGCUUCAGCUGGUAUCUGUGCACAACAUCAACUGAUGGCUUACAAGAUGAAAGGGGUCUUCAAGGGCCUCAGGGUUAUUACUCAAAUCUUUGUGGUGAAGGAGCAAGAGAUGGAGAUUGGUCAUCCCAUAGACGUGAAGCAUGUCGCGCAUAUCGGUUGGGAUAGCCCAACGGGAAGUGCUGCUACUUCUCCUACUCCUAGCUGGAUGAACGACAUGAAGGGUACGCCGGACAUUUCAACCUUGAGCAAUUCCGGACCAUCUACAGGUACCUCCUGGAGUUCUCAAGAUUUUGACCAUCCUCGAGAUACAUCAACCUAUGGUAUACUUCCAGAAAAUAGUAGUCCGGGAUCAACACCGUACCCUGACAUACCAAAGCCACCCCGAAAGGCUAGAAGGAAGAAAUCUACCAAGGACAGUUCACCAACGGCAUCAUCAUCGAGAUCAUCAAGGUCAUCAAGAUCAAGAUCUAAGGGCUCACUUUCAUCCACUACACCUGACACCAUUGGUGCCAAUGAUAUUCAAUGUAAAAUCCGGAUUGUGUAGGCUAUCAUGUUUUAUACCCCCUUUCUCAAGAUCAUGCAAGUAUUUGGAAAACAACUUUGCAUAGGAAAUAGGAAUACAAAUGUUAUUUAUUUUUUA